AUGCGCGUUAUCACAUGCACUCUGCGUGGGUGGACCGGCGGUCUCGCGUGGGAACGCCUCAUAACAAUCAUUCGAAGAAACGACUAUCGUUCCCUCUCCAAUAUGCCCUUGGCACGGUCCGUUGCAGUUGGGGGUACUUGGAUCGCAGACGAAUACCAUCCGACACUCAACACGUCGACUUAUUUGCUGGCUUUUGUCGUCUCUCAGUUCAGUAGUCUUUCAGGUCGGGAUUCUAAAGAUCGCAAUUUCACAAUCUGGGCCAGACCAGAUCUGAUUGGAGCCGCCGACUAUGCAUUGAAGACGGGCAAAACCAUCAUCAACUUCUUUGAAGAAUACUUCGAACUUGAUUACCCACUAAACAAGACCGAUGCCAUUUCCGAACUUUGUAUGCAUUUGACAGUUUCGCAGGACGAAAAUGUCAAGUGGAAAUUUGUGAAACUGGAUCGUACUAAUGCUUUUUUAUUUCGUUUUUCUUAUCUCCCUCUUACAGAUAUGCUAGCUGUUCCGCAUUUUGCUGCGGGUGCUAUGGAGAACUGGGGUUUGCUAAUUUAUCGGGAGGCAACUUUGAUUUGGGAUCCGGUUGUUGGCACCGAAGGCGCUCGCCAGAAAGUCGCUACUGUAAUUUCCCACGAAAUCGCCCAUCAGGUAUUCAAACUAGACGAGCAAUUUGCAGUGCUCCAACUUCAAAAAGUUUUACUCAGUGACUCGCUGGCCACAACUCACCCGGUAUUCAUGCCCGUCUACCAUCCGGAUGAGAUUAAUGAAAUAUUUGACACUAUUUCCUACAACAAGGUAAACAAAUGUGUUCUCACUGAUACUAUUCUUUAUUUUGCACUUAUUUAA